GCCCCUCCCUCAUCCCGGCAUGCACCGGGGAGUAGGGCCGGUCUUUCUGUGGGCCCGGAAGAUGGCGGCCUCUGGCGCAGAGCCGCAGAUCCUAGUCCAGUACUUGGUGUUACGAAAGGAUCUAUCGCAGGCUCCAUUCUCCUGGCCAGCAGGCGCACUGGUAGCGCAGGCUUGUCACGCAGCCACCGCGGCCUUGCACAUUCACCGCGACCACCCCCACACGGCAGCUUACCUUCAGGACCUGGGGCGCAUGCGCAAAGUGGUCCUCGAGGCUGCAGAUGAAAGCACCCUGAAGGAGCUGGCUGACACCCUACAACAGAAGAACAUUGACCACGCGCUAUGGCUGGAGCAGCCAGAGAACAUCGCCACUUGCAUUGCGCUCCGUCCUUACCCCAAAGAAGAAGUGAACCAGUAUUUGAAGAAGUACCGAUUGUUCAAGUGACUCAUGCUGUCAGUUGCCUUGAUAUAUUUAUCAGCUGGAUCCAGAAACUGCAUGCCACCCAUCCCUAAGCAUCAUGUACUCCUUUCAGUGGCAACUCGCUCUUCUCUUUAGGCUGUGAGUGUUUCUGGAGGGUCAGACGCAUGUUCAUAUUAAAGUUGUCGUUAAUAAGUA